GAAACAAACGUACGGUUACAUUUAUUCACUGUGUGACUUGUCUUUUUUUUGUCUCCGCCUUAUUGUAUAUCACGGUCGCGUAUGAACGAAGGGUUUUUUGAGCGAACAACGCAAUUUUUACAACAGGUUGUAACAUGGCUUUUCCCCCCUGGCUUCCUUUUGCCCACGCACCGCUACUGACUUUAUCCGCGAUGAAACGAUGAGUAAGAACCUGUUGGUUGCUAGGGUUUCUAACGCAUGAUUCAACAAGUUCGUAAGAAUGGCAGCGAUCAACGCAGGCGGUUCUCUUGUGGCAACCCAUGACUACUACCGAAGGCGCAUCGGCUCCACCUCCAGCAGCAGCUCCUGUGGCAGUUCAGAGUACAGUGGGGAGGUCAUUCCACACCAUCCAGGUCUACCAAAACAAGACUCUGGACAUUGGUGGUCCAGCUUCUUCUUUGGGAAGCAGAACCAGCCAGGAAUGACCACUCUGACUGAGGAGGCCCAGCAGAAGGCGACGGCCAUGACUUUGACCAACGGCCAGGUGACCUGCGUUGCCAGGGAGAUGGUGAUGAAGAGGCAGGUUAGCGACCCCGUGAGGUCCGAGCUGGCGAGUCCACCCCCCUCCUGAGGCAAGAAGGGACCAACGCUAGGAGACGGGAGGCUGCUUCCCCCCUCCGUCCCUUAAACCCUUUUGAUUUUCUUCCAUCCUUCACACUACAUAGAAAGUAUCAGGCAUACAAUGUAGUAUUCUAGCGUAGGUAUUGGAACAGAACCCCCUUCCCUUUAACCCUAAACUAUGAAUACAUCCUAUUCCCUAUUUAGUGCACUACUUUCGACCCAAGACCCAUUGGGUUAUGGUCAAAAGUAGUUCAUUAUAUCGGGUGCUGUUUAGGAUGUAGAAAUGUUGUCAACAUCCACGUUAGAAAACUACAUAGAAUGAAUGUCUGUUACUUUGCUUCAUGCUAAGCAUUAUGGGUAUUGGAACAAUUAUUUGUUUGUCUUAGGACAGGCUGCCAAUUAACUUUUUUUUUUGUAUCCUGUUUUCUAUGACUAAAAAUAAAAUGAGAACAAACUAUA